CCUGUAUACGAGGAGAAGCAAAAAGAUGUAUGUUGUACAAACGACUUUUCGAAGCAUACAAACUGCUGCAAACUGUCCACGCCUCACCAAAUUUGCUCUUCACGCUCCUAAGUUUGUAGAGGUGGAGUUUGACAAUGGUAGUCAUUACAAUUUGUCAGCAGAGUAUUUGAGAAUAUAUAGCCCAGCCGUUGAUAGUAAGAUCAGAUCAGUUGGUGGUGAGAAGGUCAUAUCUGGGAGGCGACAUGUGGGAAUCAUGUCUGCUGAACCUAUUGGAAAUUAUGGGAUGAGGUUAUUGUUUGAUGACUUGCAUAAGACUGGCAUCUUCACGUGGGACUACCUCUACCAUCUUGGGAGCGACAAGUUCACGCUCAUGAGAAAUUACAUCAAAACUCUAAAGAAACAUGGACUGAGCCGGGAUCCUCCCAGAAGAAAGUGAUUUUUGAAUCAACCCAUGAAUAUACUAAUAUUAUACAUCGAUGAUGGUUAGAAGACAAUAGAAUUGCACUACUUAUGGUUAGAGGACAAUCUUCUCACGCACUCAAAGUGGUAGGACAAUGACCACCCUCUUUAAGUAGGCUGUGGUAAGGCAUGGCAAUGACUAGUUCUUCAUAUCUGUCAUUUGUGCAGUCAAGUUUGUGGCAUAUUUUAAGCAAUGAAAUUCUGGUAUUUCAAAAGAAACUACAUUACAAAAAGCUGAAUUGCAUUGCAGUUUGAAAAAAGGAUCAAUGGACUUGAAAAAAUUAAUGACAUUCAUGGUUUCUUAAUCUUUCCCUGUAGAACCGCCAAAAUGUUCAUUCCAUUGCAUGAGGUUGUGCAACUUUUUGA